CGUGCCUCCAUUUUCCCGCGAGCGCGGCGGAGCCGGCCCGGCCCCGGCCCCGCCGCCGCCCCCAGAGCAGCGGCGCGGCCGCCCCGCACCCGCCCAGCCGCGGGGCCGCCUCCGGCAUGCGGAGCUGCAAGAUGGUGCGGCUGGCCAGCGUGCUGGGGCUCGUCAUGCUCAGCGUGGCGCUGCUCAUCCUGUCCCUCAUCAGCUACGUCUCGCUCAAGAAGGACAACAUCUUCGGGGCGCCCCGCGCCGCCGGGCCCCGCAUGUACAUGUUCCACGCGGGAUUCCGGUCCCAGUUUGCACUGAAGUUCCUGGACCCCUCGUUCGUGCCCAUCACCAACUCCCUGGGCCAGGAGCUGCAGGACAAGCCCUCCAAGUGGGUGUUCAACCGGAGCGCCUUCGCCCACCAGAGGCAAGAAAUCCUUCAGCACGUUGACGUCAUCAAAAACUUUUCUCUGGUCAAGAGCAGCGUUCGGAUCGGGCAGCUGAUGCACUACGAUUACUCCAGCCAUAAGUAUGUCUUCUCCAUCAGCAACAACUUCAGGUCUCUGCUUCCCGACGUGUCUCCCAUCCAGAACAAGCACUACAACAUCUGCGCCGUGGUCGGCAACAGCGGGAUCCUGACUGGCAGCCAGUGCGGGCAGGAAAUCGAUAAGUCGGAUUUUGUCUUUCGCUGCAAUUUUGCUCCAACUGAGGCUUUCCAGAAAGAUGUUGGAAGGAAAACCAACCUCACCACCUUCAACCCCAGCAUCCUGGAGAAGUAUUACAACAACCUCUUGACCAUUCAGGAUCGCAACAACUUCUUUUUAAGUUUGAAAAAGCUCGAUGGGGCCAUUCUUUGGAUCCCCGCUUUUUUCUUCCACACGUCGGCGACGGUCACGAGAACACUGGUUGACUUCUUCGUUGAGCACAGAGGGCAGCUGAAGGUCCAGCUGGCUUGGCCAGGAAACAUCAUGCAGCACGUUAACAGGUACUGGAGGAACAAGCACCUGUCCCCAAAGAGGCUGAGCACAGGCAUCCUCAUGUACACGCUGGCUUCGGCCGUCUGCGACGAGAUCCACCUCUACGGCUUCUGGCCCUUCGCCUUCGACCCCAACACGCGGGAGGACCUCCCCUACCACUACUACGACAAGAAGGGAACCAAGUUCACCACCAAGUGGCAGGAGUCCCACCAGCUGCCUGCAGAGUUCCAGCUGCUCUACAGGAUGCACGGUGAAGGACUGGCCAAACUCACCUUGUCGCAUUGUGCCUAAGAACCUAAAUCUCGAAGUGCCAAACAAUUGUCUAAAAAAGUGCCCAAAACCAAAUUAAACAUUCUUCAGAUAGAAUUCUAAAAAGGAAACAAACCCACCCUAGAAUCUUUUCCAUAAUUAAAGAUGCUUUUUAGCUACUGCUCA